AUGACCAUUUUACAGCCUCAACUUGGUUCGAGUAAACCCGAAGAGGAGGUUGCUCGUUCACGUCUUUUUAAGAUAUGGAAGCACAUUACCUACACCCUUAUCUCCUCCGUUGCCGUGCUCUACAAGGAACUAAAAGCUGCUAAUACUAGCCAUGAACCUGCUCUAUCAGAUCAAUCAAGCUUAAUCACUAACAGGGAGUCGAACAAAUUGAACGAUGAGUUUAAUAACAACGAUAACGAUAUAAUGAUGCUGAGCGCAGAUGAAAGCGAAGUCAAAGACGAAGUUUAUGACUUUGGCAUCCCAUCUUCUAUGAUCGAUGAGGCUGCAGACCUUUCACAUUAUAGCCAUACUCUCCCAUUACAGAGCUUUGAAGAGUUACUGGCCUUAGAGCAGUCACUUCUGCAUCGCGAUGGGCAACACACCGAGCUAGAUGAGACUCUAGUCCGCUCCGGGUCGAUAUCAAGCACGCACUCGGAGUCUGCAUUUAUGGCACCCUCUCCACUCAUAUUACCGUCGUCCAACUCAGACCAGAAUCAAUGGUUGAAUUCUCCUAAUAUAGAUGCGACAUUAGUUUAUCACUUUCCAUCACAAAGGCAAGAAUGCUUCGUCAAAGAGACGAAAAUAAUGCCUCAACAACCAAGUUCGGCUCUACGAAGCAGAAAGUGUUCAAACAAACCUAG